UGCCCUUUAUAAUCGAAGCUUCUGCUCGUCACCCCACCCCUCUUUCAAUUGAAAUCCCAGACAGCGUGGCGUCGCGGCAUUUUUAAAACGGUGAAUUCGGAAAAAAAAAAAUAAAGAAACUUGGGUGAAUUUUUCUCUGCAAAAUGUUUAAUUCACGUGCCAUGGGGUAUUCCGCCUACGAUGACCAGCAACUAUGCCAAAAUUUGAGAGAACUACAAUAUGAAUUGUCUUCCAUGAUGGAAUCAAAUGAAGCUUCUGUUCAGCAUCGUGCUCCUUCAAACGACGAUCAAUCUGACGAUGGUUCCAGCAGUUCCCCGGAAGCUUUGUUGGAAAUUCAACAAAAACUACGUGUGAUGCGCUUAGAUAAAAGUGCUCCGCAGUUUGAAUUCCACGGCUUGGGAUGCAUGCAUCAGCUUCAAAAGCGUUCAAGUCAGUUUGGAUUGGGUAGUGUUCCGGCGAAAAAAUCGCGUACCGCUAGACCCCCCUACCUCUUAGUUACUGGUCCAAAGCAGGAGCAACUGCAAAAGGAAAAUGUGUGGAACCAGCGUCAACGCGAGGAAGAAGCUUCUGCACCGCCCAUUACAAUUGAAAAACUGCGUUCGAUUGGCUUGUACGGCGAUUGCGUUGAGCGCAACGCCGUGCUGCGUCUGAUGAAUCUGUUCAGGUCUCUGCAUGAUCACCUGUCUGCUGACUUGGGCUUUUCGCGUCAAAACUCAAUGCCUUCGGACUACCUAUUCGAAAUGCCCGUAAAGAACACGAUGCCAAGAAGCCUAAAUGUGCGUUACCAACUUCAGGUUCUCUGCUCUAAGGUAGAGCGAUUCCUAGAGCAACAGCGUCGCACACUGGAGAACAAUCGCAACUUUGACUACGAAAAGUACACCGAGUGCGACAAGUUGAUCAAAGGUUCAGCCUCUUAUUUGCAAUCAUUUAAUCAGUUUAAAAACAUUGAAAUGCGCCAUCGUAAUGGAAACUUUGUGAACAAUACGGAAAAUGUGCAGCGCUUGGAGGGUUUGCUGGCGGGUCUGCGUGAGUGGCUUAAGGCCACGCAUCUCUGCGUGCAUGUGUUCAACUGGGAAAUGGACCUGGAGCAUCGCUAUUCGGCGGCCAUGACUGAAAGCCACAGGUCCUUGAACGAGCGAGCCAUCCUAUUGGCAAGCUCCGAGUUAAAGGCGGCAAAACCUCGUGCUAUCACCACGGAGGAGGUGUUCAUUGCCAAGAAAUAUAAGCUUGAUAAUGCUGUCAGCUGUGCCAUCGAGCAGGACGAUUUCCUCAAUGCUCUUCUUGCCAAUCCAGAGAUCUACUUCCCACCCGAAGUUGUGGCCAUUUGCGGUCCACCGAAGAUCGCCGACUUAAACGCAGAGGAUGAUUCUGAAUUUAUGGACGAGUACGAAGUUGUGGAUGAGGCGCCAUCAUCGCCCCAGCGACGCAAUGAACGUGUAUUUGUGCGUUUCAGAAGCUAAGCUGAAUCAGAGCAAUUUAAGAGCCUUUAAAGGUACUUAUAAAUAUUUGAAUUCUUAAAAAUAUGUAUAUUACAAGUUACCUACAAAGUCUUACACUUACCUAAAAAAGUUAAUGGUAAUAUUUUAAGCAAAUUCGACAAUUAUUUUGGAUGCCUUAUUCGUAAUUUUAUAAGAA